AUGAUCAUUAUAGGAGGGAAACAAAUUCGCAAGGUUUUAGCAAGAAUACCACCAUUUCAUAGAGAAAUACAAUCGCAAGAACUUUGGUUGUACAGUUAUCCAAGUGUACCAAGAUAUUUUCCCGGAAGAUUAUUCUAUCCCCUUGUACUAGUAAUUCCAUUAUGUGCAAUUUGGUGGUUUUAUCAGACGAGCGAAGAUGACAUAGAUGUUAUCGAAGGAUUUUUAUCUGUAACUUUAUCAUUUAGCGUAACCCUUCUUUUGGUAGAAAUUUUAAAAAAUGUUAUUGGCAGACCAAGACCUAAUUUUUUGGCUAAAUGUUUUCCUGAUGGUAAUUUGCCAGAGGAUUUAAUAUGUAGCACUGGAACAUUUUAUGAUAUCCAAAGUCGUAAAAGUUUUCCAAGUGGACAUGCAGCACGUAAGGAUUCAAAUGAACAACCCUUAAAGUUGUAUUGA